UCUUAAACCCCAUAAUAACGGAGUCCCCGAACGACACAGCCACUCUCUCUCGGCCUCUCCCUCUCUGCGCUACUCUGAUUCAUCGAAUUGAAGCACAGCAACUGCAAUGGCGGGGAUGGUACCUCCAGGUACAACUAUGCUAGGAGAGGCGGCAGCAGCAGCAGCAGCAUCAGCUAAAAAGAUCAAUGAAGUAGAGAAGAAAGUCGAUUACAUGAACCUUCCUUGCCCUAUUCCCUAUGAAGAACUCCAUCGCGAAGCUCUUAUGUCUUUAAAGCCAGAGGUUUUUGAGGGGAUGCGCUUUGAUUUUACCAAAGGACUCAAUCAGAAAUUCUCUCUCAGCCACAGUGUUUUUAUGGGACCUAUGGAACUUCCUUCUCAAUCUUCGGAAACCAUCAAAAUUCCUACUGCUCAUUAUGAGUUUGGAGCUAACUACAUUGACCCUAAGUUAAUGCUUUUUGGAAGGGUUCUGACGGAUGGAAGACUAAAUGCAAGAGUGAAGUGUGAUUUGACCGACGAUUUUACUCUGAAGGCUAAUGCUCAGCUUUCGAAUGAGCCCCACAUGUCACAUGCCAUGUUCAACUUUGAUUACAAGGGUAAUGAUUACAGGACCCAGCUUCAGCUUGGAAAUGGUGCCUUAUUUGGGGCCAGUUACAUUCAGAGUGUGACCCCGCAUUUUUCUUUGGGUGGUGAAGUAUUUUGGGCCGGUCAACAUAGAAAGUCUGGUGUUGGAUAUGCUGGUCGAUAUGAAACAGAUAAAAUGGUUGCAACAGGGCAAGUUGCUAGCACUGGAAUGGUUCUUUUAAGCUAUGUUCAGAAGAUUUCUGAGAAGGUUUCACUAGCAACGGACUUCAUGUACAACUACUUGUCAAGAGAUGUGACAGCAAGUGUUGGUUAUGAUUACAUCCUCCGACAAGCCCGUCUAAGAGGAAAGAUUGAUUCGAAUGGCUGUGCCACAGCUUACUUGGAAGAGCGCUUAAAUAUGGGUCUCAAUUUCAUUCUUUCUGCAGAGUUAGAUCAUAAGAAGAAGGACUACAAGUUCGGGUUUGGUUUGACAGUGGGUUAAAAUUAAAAUUGAAGAUCCAAACAUUUGUAUCAUCAAAAUCAAAUUUUACAUAAGAAGUUGUCGGUGAUAGCUACUGAGGAAGGUGAACUUUGCGUUUGGUGCAAACGUCGAGGGAUCUUUUUGUACUGUUUUGAGAGAACAUUAUUUGCGGGGGAGUAUCAGCCUGCUGCAGACAGUUUUUAUUAGCUUUUGAGUAUUAUUCAUUGAAUUGGUAGUUGUCAUUUUAUUUUCAUUCUAGAGCUGUACAAUUUUUAUGUUAAUGAGAAGUAGGGAUGAAAUGAUUGCUAUAAUAAAGCUUUCCUUGAAUAAUUUUCAUUGGAAA